UUACUCCUCCCAUACUCCUCACGUUCUUUUCUAUCUCCCUCUUUCUUCCCCCCCUCCUCCUCCUCUCUUUCUUUCUUUCUUUCUCUUUCUCUUUGUCUCUCAUCUCAACCAUACGCAUCCUCCGUGUUGCGCGUGCGACGCAUCCAGCGCAACGGGAUGCACUUCGAGCACACACGUGCCCAUUGGCGCCGCCUUUCCUUGCGAAUCCUCGAUUCCUUACGAUCCUCUCUAUUACUUACACGUGUAACGAAAGCACUUUAUUCUUUCUUUCGUUCGAACGGAGAGGAGGGGAGGAAAGAAAGUUCUCGAUGAUAAUGUAGGAUAAUUUUAUCAUUGAGAAAUUCCCAUAUAUAGUUAGAAUUUAAAUUUAUAUAUAAAUUUCGUUUAAUCAGACCGAUAAUUUGUAUAGAUCUAUUCAUUCUACGCCUAUGCCGAUAGCUACCGAUAACUCUGACUAACUCGACGUGACAAAAGGGUGGUGUAUGCGUCAUUUCGUUCCUGAUCGACUUGUUUACCACCUCACGAAUUCGACCCUGACAUGCUCGGCGAAUAAUUUUUUUUUUUCUUCUUCUGGUAUUAGAGAUAUUUGUUGCUUCAUCGAUACGAUCCUUUGAAUGUGAAACGGAAGAAGAAUGGACGUUAGUAUAAGAAGAAAAAUAAGAAGAAGAUGAAAAAGGAGAAGAAGAAAAACAAAAAAGAAGAAGAGGAAGAAGUAGAAAAAGAAUAUAACGAUGAUGAUGAGUAGGAACGAAAGAAAAACGUCAAGAAAAGAUUCGAGACGCGGUACGCCGCACUUCCGGCAUAUCCAGACAAGAAAGAGAGAUAGAGAAAGAGAAAGAGAGAGAGAGAUAGAGAGAACUACCUCGAGAGGAUUUAUUUUAACCGUUCGGACCUUCGAAAGGCUAGUAUUAGCCGACCGUUAGGUAGCCGGCCAGACGGUGCGGACCACUUUUGGAGGACCGAAUUCUUUAACCUAAUUUUCGCGUUUUAUGGCGUCACGCUAAUUUAACGUCCAGCUAAUAUCCUAAAAAUAUAUUUCUCCUACCGUUCGUUCGUUCCUAUGUUCGUUCUUAUAUUCAGUUCCUUCUCUACAAAUUGCAACGCAUGAAUGUGAGCGAGAAGAAUCUUAUUUAAAUUAUGACUGACACCUGUGGAAGGGUGGAUGGAGUAAAGGGCAAAGGAUGGGUGGGGAGUAGAGUUCAAAGUAUUUACAUACCUUCCAAGAAGUUUCUUGGUAAUCGAACGUCGCGAAAGAAGAGAAAAAAAAGACGACAUAAUCCUGAUAAUGAUAUCAUUCGUUCUCGAAGGAUUAGAAUUUAAAGGACGACGAUUAUUCUAUAUAACAUCGAUAAUGAAAUAAGUCGAAAGUCAAUUAAAAUCGUUUUUACGUAUUUAUAAAAUGUGAUUAGAACGCAUUAAUAGAAGGAUUUAGAUCUGAACAAAAAAAAAAAAGGAAAUAAAAAGAAAGUAAAAGAAAAAGAGAAAUCUGUUGAUUAAGAAUAUUAAUUAACGAUAGAUGUUUAUUCUCCAAACGAGAUUAGAUUUUGAAUAUAGAAAUAAAUUGAGGAAAUUAAUUAAUUCCAAAAUAGAAAAGAAUUUCGUUCUUAAUAGGAUCAAGUUGAUUUAUCCGAAUCUCCACCCCAUUUUUCUUCUUCUUCUUCUUCUUCUUCUUCUUCUUCUUCCUCUUCUUCCUCCUCUUCUUCUUUUAGGACCCACUUCGUUUCUCGGACGGGCGCGCGCCGCCGUGCGCGCAUGGCAUUUUCACGCGCGCACGCGGAGGCUGCAUUUAUUAAAAGCGAUACAUUAUGAUUCAAAGAUUAUAUCUUUCGAUUCGUCUAGACAAAGCGGAGAGGGGGACACCUUAUAAAAUCGUACGUCGGCCGCCCCUGAAAUCAUUGUACGAACGCCAACGCGACUUUUCGCUUCUCGCUAAUUUUUUUUCUUUUCGUUUUAUGUUUAUCUACCCCCUUUCUAAAUAAUUGACAUUACGAUAAGGUAAUAGAAAGUAAGAAAGAAAGAAAGAUAAAUGCAAAUCCAACGAUUGAUAUAGAAUUUGAACGAUAUUCAAAGAUUCGAAACGUGAAGUUCGAGUGAAAUCGAGAAACUUGAAAGUAAACAGAAUCGAAGUGACUGGUCCACUCGAUUUCGAAGGAAAAAAAGAAAAGGAAGAAAGAAAAAAGAAAGAGGUAAAGAGAAAGAAGUGGGAGAAAGAUUUUGGAGGAGGAAGAAGAAGAAGAAGAAGAAGAAAGAGAAGAAGAAGAAGAAGAAGAAGGAGAAGGAGAAGAAGAAGGAGAAGAGGAAGAGACACACGUUCGAAAGGGUCUCUCCUCUACGUAGAAAACACCGGGUGGAGGCGAGAAGACGAGAGGGAGAGAAACCUCGGCGAAAGGGAGGGGAGAAAGAGUAGCAGAAAGACAGAGAGAUAGAAAGAGAAGAAAGAGACAGAAGGAGAAAGAGAAAGAGAGAGAAAGAGAGAGAGAAAGAGAGAGAGAAGAGGAGGAGGAGGAGGAGGAGUCAUCGUAGUAACACCGGCACCGUCUCCUCUCUCGCGGCUUCGUGCUUGUCUCGGAAUUAGUGAGUAGACAGAAUUAUGUCCGUGAGGAAGGCGGCACUACGUCUCAGUCGAGACCUACUGCUCGGCCGGUGCACACGCACAUAAAGAGAGAGAGAGAGAGAGAGAGAGAGGGAGAAGAAGUAGAAAAAGAUAAAGAGAGAGAAAGAAAGAGAGAGAGAUAAAUAAUAGAUAAAGAUAGAAAAGAAGCUAGAUAAACUCUUUGGCACUCUUCCCUAACUCGCAGGAAUAUCACGGUUACCUUUUCUCUCGCGACUUAGACUAGUCCGAGAAGUUCGAGACGAAUGAACUAGAAAGAGUGAAAGAGAAGCAACGCGACUACAUUUUGCCUGGUGGACCACAAUCGUACGACAUCAGUUUUGGUAACGCUCGCAUUGGAGACCGAGUGUUCCUCUUUCACGUGGUGCUUCCAAAGUUCUCGGUACGCGCUCGAAUGAACGUGCAAGCGCGCAUACUUUCGAUCGAGAUCAAAUAAGAGUACUCUUCUAAAAGUAAUAAAAGAGAAAGAAAGAAGAGGGUAGAGAUAGAGAUAGACAUAGAGAUAGAGAUAGAGAUAGAGAGAGAAAAAGAGAGAGAGAGAGAGAGAGAGAGAGUUAUAUAUAGAAAGAGAAUGCUCUUCGAAUCAUUGCUGAGUUGACGAGAUAGGUACAUUCUGUCUAUGUAAUUUGAGAUUCGAAAUAAACGACGAGAUUCGGUAAAGAUUUGUAAAAGAUGAGGUUGAGGUGGUCAAUCGUUUUGUUGCUGGUGAUGAACAUCGUUGUUUGUGGUUGGUCUCAUCAGCAUCAACAUCAUCAUCGUCGUCGUCAUACACCGAAUAGUAGUAGUAGUAGUAGUAGUAGUAGUAGUAGUAGUAAUAGUAGCAGUAGCAAUAGUAAUAGCAGUAGCAGUAGCAGUAGUAGCAGUAGUAGUAGUAGUAGUAGUAGUAGCAGCAGCAGUAGCAGUAAUAGGGAACAUCUUCUCGACGAAACGAUAAACAAUUUUGAAAGGAACGAUGAUGAUGUACCAAUGAGUAUAAGUGAAAAGACAAGGAAAAGUUUGAAGUUAGAAGAGGGAAAAGUUUCGGUACCGUUCAGCGCGCGUAGGCUUGAGAAGAUGUUGGAAAAGGCCAUAGUGAAGAUAAUCACGGGUGAUCUUAGUACGGCCGAUAUGAUAUUGCUGAAAAGUUUGAAUUACAGUUUGGAUGAGAUCCUCGCGAUUCGCGAAUACGAGCUUGGUAAGAAGAAGGAAGAGGAGAGAAGACGGGAGGAGAAGAUCAAGUUAGAAAGGGAAAGGCACAGAUCUAAGGGAAAACAUUUUGAGGACGGAAAGAAUUCAAUGGAAUUCGAUUUGUCUAAAUACGAAAAGAAGAAAAGAGAAAAGAUUCAAGAGAAAUCGACGUACGACGAGGAUUUCGAUUUCGAUGCUUACAAUCGACAGGCCGUGAUGGAUUACGAAAAUCUAGCCUCGAAAAUGGAACUCCAACAGACUUGGUCUGAUCCUAGUAUAUCUGAUUACGAUGAUAGUGCGAAGGAAUUGAAGGAGAAACGUCCGAUGGAUAAGAACAACAAUAACAACAAAAAGAAUGAUGACAACGACAACGACGAUGGGAAUUCGUCAUCUGAGAAUUUCCAUCGUAAUUUCGACAAGGCUAUGGAACCGCACGUGAUAUUUAAGAUACGUUACGACGAUUCCGAAUUCGAUUCAUCAAGUUCCGACGAAAAAUCGAGGAUACCAAGGAAACAGGUGGAUCGUGGCUUUCCGAGAGUUCCGAAAUAUCGUGGAUCGUCUUAUUCGAAACAAAAUUCAUUAACAAACACUGGUAAUUCCUUUCACAGUUCGACCAUUGUCACUUCUUCUUCUUCUCCUUAUUCCUUUACUUCUUCGUCUUCAUCAUCAUCGUCAUCAUCAUCUUCACCAUCCUCAAUUCCUGUAGUUUAUCGAUUGGACGAUCUUAAACUAGCUAAGUUAAAUUACUUGGGCAAACCGAAUCGUUUUGAUCCAACUAAUCCUGUGGAAAUUCAAGAAACUAAUACAAAAAAUUUUAUUGACGUGAAAAAUGUUACUUUGUCGGAAGGAUCUCGUGUUAUCGUUGAUAGCAAUGUCACCAACGAAUUGGAAUCGAGAAAUGAAAAUUCAACGAACAGAACGAACGACGGGGAUAUCUCGAAAUUAUCGGUCAAACGUAUCAGCGAAUACGAAGGAUUGGAGUGGGUUGAAGACGACGUUUAUCGAGUGAUACCAUCUCUAGCGGAUUCUCUCGCGGAUUACGAAAACGUAGAAGACGAAAACGAGCCAUUGGAAUACGAGGACGAAGCUCUUCCAAAUUAUGAACACAAUUCUACGAGCUUCGAAGAAAAUGAGAACGACACUGCCGAGUAUCAAAACGACACUCCCGAAUCGGUAAAACUCUUCAUGGCUAACACCAAUUUAACAUCGAUGGACAAUCAAUCCUUUUCGUCUUAUCAGGAAUUGGCUCUGGCUCAUCGACGAGAAGGAAACCUAACAUCAACCUUCGACAGUCAAGGCCAGAAAGCGAUCGAAGAUAUAAAAUCAAGAGUACUGGCACUAACAGGAAGGUUCAACCUAAGCUCGAACGCGAAUAAGGUUCAACGCGAAAGGCUGACCAUGUUCUCGCCUACGUGUCAAACGCCGCGUAACACGGAUCAGGAAGCUUGGGCCGACCCGUUCUCGAUGAACAUGCACUUUCAAUUGAAUCUGACGUCGGGCGAGCACGUGGUCGCUGCGAAAUUAAGGAUCUACAAGUUACCGCAAGAGAAUCUUACGUCGUCUUUACCAAGUAUGAGUGGUAGUGUCGUUGACGAACAAGAAGAGGAGGACGAGAAGAAGAUCAGAAUAUCAGUUUACUAUUACACGAAAACGUUGAGAAAGCAUCGAGCAAAGAAACGCUUGAUGGACUCUUUGGUGACGCCAUUGACGAACGAGGGUACACACUUGGCAUUAGACGUACGACAAGGACUCAGAUUUUGGAGGCUAAAUCCAAGAAAUCCACAUGGUAACGGCGGCAAUCACGGGCUGGUAAUUCAGGUGGAGGAUCAGGAUGGUCGACCGCUCAAACCGGCCCUUUACAUUCAGGAGCCGUCUUGCUCGAACGGCGACGACGAUCAGAAGACCACCACUUACCUGCACUUUUCGUCCGAGCCUGUACUCGUUACGUUCGCGUCGUAAACGGCGAAACGGUCACGUACGUGAAUUGCAGGCACUAAAGGUGCCGGCGAGUAGCCAGGGUUGAUGAUUACGAUGGUUCAAGAAGAAAAGAAGGUGGAGAAAGAGGAAGAGAAGGAGAGGGAAGAGGAGGAGAAGGAGGGACGGGACAACGAAAAAUCGUGUUAAAACAAACUUAUACGUUUUCUCGUCGGGACUACUCACUCCGCCAACUCUAUAUUUCAUAUUUUUGUAAAUGAUUAAGUUCGAUUCAUAGAAGAACUAUAUAUAUAUAUAUAUCAUUAGGUUUUCCAUUGAUUUAAGAUAUAUAUUUUUUGAUACGAGUUUAGAGCUUGAACGAAAUUGUAUGAGACUGACGUGCCGAUAGUGAUUAAGCUGUAUAGGAAGGAAGAAGAAAAACGGAGAAAAGAAAAAAAAAAGAAAAGAAGAGAAAAGAGGAGAAAAAGAAAAAGAAAACUAAAAAUUAUAUUCGCGUACGAUUCAGAUAGACGCAACCCAUUUAUAGACUGUCUUUUUCUAAGAUACUAUAUUUAAAAAGAAGAGUGUAUAUUUAAAUACGAAUUAGAUAGAUACAUGUUAAAAGUUCAUAUCUUAUAUCCAUCUUUCUUUUAUUUGAGUUUUAGUAGAUUUUAUUAUAUGAUUUAACGAGACAAUGUAAAUAUUGCUUUUAGUAUUUUAAUUAGUUCUUUAUGAUUUUAUAAUUUUACGCGUUCAUCUUGUUAAGUCAUCGUAUACCUAUGACUGAUAUAACCAAAUGUAAAUGUAAAAGUAGACAUAUAUAUAUAUAUAUAUAUAUAUAUAUAUAUAUAUAUAUAUAUAUAUAUAUAUAAUGUUUAUGAGAGUUGUGUUAACUUGUUUUAAUCGAACAAAUUUCGUGUUACGAUUAGACGAAUUCUUAAGCUCUCGUUAUUAUUAGAUUUUUUUAAAGUUAGUUUUUUUUUUGUUUUUGUUCUUUUUUUAUUUUUGUUUUUUCUUACUAUUUUUUUUUGUAAUAAUCCAGAUAUUUCAAUACUUUGUAUCUUCUCAUGGACAUCCUAUUACUUAUUUGUUUAAGAUUAACGUUAAUAAGAUAUUCGUUGCGUUUACGAAACUUUCAUCUGUACAUACUGUAGAUUUCACAGUGUCCCAUCGCGUAGAAAUAAAUAAACAAAAAAUGUAGGUACCAUAAAUCAAAUUUGUUUUUGUCCCGGUAUAUUAUUAUUUUUUUUUUCUUAUGUGUAUUAUAUUUACACAUUUGAUUAUUAUAAGAAAUCAUUUUUCUAAGUGUCUUGGAAGAUUCCUAUCGAAAGGUAGUUAAGACUUUCUGUACAAAAAAUGGUUUUAUUAAAAAGACUUACAUUCAUAGGAAAAGUUUGUUAUUAACAUUAACAAAUUAAUUUAUUCUAGCUCAUUUACCAUCUCUCUCUCUCUCUCUCUCUCUCUCUCUCUCUCCCUCUCUCACAUGGAUUAAACGUACUUUUUUACGCUUUGAUCGUCAUUUUAAGUUCGACGAAAUGGAUCUCAAAAUUUGCACCGACAAUCGACGAAAGCUGGAAAUGCAACGUUGAAUGACAGAAAGAAAAGGAAGAAAAAAGAAAAAAAAAGAAAAAGAAAA